AUGCCUGAAACCAACCAAAGCAUUAUCAAAAAAGCUGUCAACAAGGCUGCCAAGGCGACCAUUUCUUCUGUAAAAGGUCGUAAACCUGCCAAAGUUACCAAGAAAAAACUAGCUCCCAAGCCUAUAAAACCUAAGACUGAAAGUGUAUCAUGGGACACUGAUAACCGUGAUUGUGAUUUAUCAUCGAAUCCUGAAGGUUUAAGUUCUAUUGAAAUCAUCAUGGAAUGGUUCCAUCAAUCGGAUAAUUUUCGACGCUUUCGUGGAGAUUCUGGUAAAAGCGAUAACAAGGAAACGUGUCUCGGCGAAAUCAAGGAACUUCUCCAUGCAAAGGGAAUGAAGCACAGAGAUUUGAAACAGAUUCAAAGCAAGAUCGACAGGUUCAUUUCUGCGUAUCUUGUGGCAAAUGAGUGGAAGCAUAGUACCGGGCAAAGUGCUGGACAUAUCACGGAUACUGGUGAAGUCGAUGAAAAAUCUGUCUUAGCAAGAAUUUACGACGAGGGAGAUGAUGUUCGAGUAGAAGAGAUAAUGAAUACCAUCGAAAGUAACUAUGAUGAUGAUAUAGAAAUGGAAGAAGUGACAGAAGCGACCACCACACCCACCACUACAACUACAACAGCACCUGCACUUACACCUUCACUUACACCUUCACUUACACCCACACCCACACUUACACCCACAUCAACACCCACACCUACACCAGCUAGUGCUUUGAAGCAGAUUCGCAAACCCGUGCCACACAAACGAAGCGGAAAUGACAUACUGGACAUGGUACGGGAAGCGAGUCUGGCUAUGAUGGAAGAAACGACAAAGGCAGCAGAGCAAAUGUUCGAGUGGGAGAAGGAGCAGGAUUUGGAAGAGAGAUUCAGACAAUCUGCAAUUGAGAGUCGUAAGUUGGAUGACGCCGUUUGGAAUUGA